ACACACACACUCAUAAAAAAAAGGCAGACUUGCCGAGUCAUAAUCAAAAACUUAACAGGCAUUGAGAUUAAUUGCAAACGAAAUCUCCAAUAGUAAUUCUUGAUUUAAAGGCAAAUCAACUUAAGAAUUGAGAGCAAUAUGACGCUCACAAAUCGGAUGGAUACGGAAUCGGCCUAUCACAAAGGCGAAGGCUUCCGUUCAUAUUACAUACAAAAAAUUGAGGAACUGCAGCUGAUUGUGGCCGAGAAAAGCCAAAACCUACGUCGCCUGCAGGCUCAGCGCAAUGAGCUUAAUGCCAAAGUGCGUAUGCUGAGGGAGGAGCUGCAAUUGUUGCAGGAGCAGGGCAGCUAUGUGGGCGAGGUUGUCAAGCCGAUGGACAAGAAGAAGGUGCUGGUCAAGGUGCAUCCCGAGGGUAAAUUUGUUGUCGACCUGGAUAAGAACAUUGACAUCAAUGAUGUGACCCCGAAUUGUCGUGUUGCAUUGCGCAAUGAGAGCUACACAUUGCACAAGAUCCUGCCCAAUAAGGUGGAUCCAUUGGUGUCGCUGAUGAUGGUGGAGAAGGUGCCCGAUUCGACCUAUGAAAUGGUUGGCGGCUUGGAUAAACAGAUCAAGGAAAUCAAAGAGGUCAUUGAACUGCCAGUCAAGCAUCCCGAACUCUUCGAUGCUUUGGGCAUUGCCCAGCCAAAGGGUGUACUGCUCUAUGGACCACCCGGUACGGGUAAAACAUUGUUAGCUCGUGCUGUUGCCCAUCACACCGAGUGCACCUUCAUCCGUGUCUCGGGCUCUGAGCUGGUGCAAAAGUUCAUUGGCGAGGGAUCACGUAUGGUCCGUGAAUUGUUUGUGAUGGCACGCGAGCAUGCACCAUCGAUUAUAUUUAUGGAUGAGAUCGAUUCCAUUGGCUCGUCACGUAUUGAAUCCGGCUCCGGUGGCGACUCUGAGGUGCAGCGUACCAUGUUGGAGCUGCUCAAUCAGCUGGACGGCUUUGAGGCGACCAAAAACAUUAAAGUCAUCAUGGCCACCAAUCGCAUUGAUAUACUGGAUCCAGCCUUGUUACGUCCCGGUCGCAUUGAUCGUAAAAUUGAAUUCCCGCCACCAAACGAGGAGGCACGUCUGGAUAUUCUUAAGAUUCAUUCACGUAAAAUGAAUCUAACGCGUGGCAUUAAUCUGCGCAAGAUUGCCGAACUGAUGCCAGGUGCAUCCGGUGCCGAGGUGAAGGGUGUGUGCACCGAGGCGGGCAUGUAUGCGCUGCGUGAGCGUCGUGUCCACGUUACCCAGGAGGAUUUCGAGAUGGCCGUGGCCAAGGUGAUGCAAAAGGACUCGGAGAAGAACAUGUCCAUCAAGAAGCUGUGGAAGUAAACCUCAACACACACACAUUAUCUUUUAAACAACAACUACGAUUACGUUUAAUUUCACAAAAUAUAUAAUUUGAAAAAA